ACCAAAAUUGGUGUAGAACGGAUGUACUUCUAGCUACCUAUAGCAAAGCGAUGAAAUCGCGGAGUGAGCCACGCCGGCUAGUGGGGGAAGUAAGUGCAGAAAUGAUUGCAGUAUGCACAUUUAUCUCAGGCGAUGCCGCUGGGCAAGGUUGUUCCUUGGGUCAUACUAAGUUGAUAUAAUGCCUCUAGCCACGAGGUCAGCAUCACAGCAUCCACAGGGACUUUAUUACUGUACUGCUCUGUUAGCUAAGAAAAUAGUGAGACAGGGAGACUUGCUAGUUUCUAGUAAUCCAGAGGCAGCCUUCCCUUUGGCUGCAGUCACUGCAGCCCUCUGGUCGCAAUUUCCAGAGUUUGGCAAGCUCUUAGAAGCCUACUUCCAUAGGUUAUGCCCAUACUUGGUGCCAAUGUUUUUACCUCGAAAGGAAGGACAAACAGACAAAGAUUUUUACCUGUCUAGAGGCUACACCUACAAUGAUGAAGGUGUUGUAGAAAAGCAAGUUAAAUUUUAAAAGAGAAUGUCUGGCAUUUUUAAGGUGAGAUGUGCAAUUUGGAUUGCUAAAACACCUAGAUUUGUGAAUGCUCCCAAUCCUCAUGUCCCUCGAUUUGGUUGGCAAUGGCUGGCUUCCUUUGUCAACCUAAAACCUGAACCAGACAUAAGUGCUACCUUAAUCCAUGAUUUCUUCAAUGUCUGUGGUGCCGAAUUUCAUAAGCUGUACGGGAAGCAAUUUGUUAAAGUAAUAAGAUUGAUAAGCUCAGAAUAUCUGGCAAUACUAGAGAAUAUAGAUGAAGGAGGCCCAAAGACCAGACUGGAAGUGUUCUUGCAAGAAGUAUUAAAGACAGGAGCGAUGCAGCCCCCUACUGGUGUUUUACCACCAAAUUUCUGGUAGCUACUAGCUAGCUCAUAAGAAUAAUGUGUUAAAGACUAUUUAUUUUCAUAAUUGACUUUGCCAUUAUAAUAAAAAUGUGACUCCCCUUUGUUAGUAAAAAUAAGUUUAUAGAUUAGAUGUUAAGAUCUAAUCUAUAAACCGUAGAUUAGUAUAGAUCGAAGUCUAGGCAUCGGCUUAGACUGGCAAUAACUUGCAUGCAAUUUAUGUUACGGUGCCGACUACUAAUGUAAACCACAUUCCCCCUAGCCCCCCAAAAAGGAAGGGAGGAAAGGUGGUUCAACAGCGCUAACUGGACCUGAUAGCUACAGGUAGAUACCUGUAGCUCAAAAGGAAGGACAAACAGACAAAAGAUUUUUACCUGUCUAGAGGCAACACCUACAAUGAUCAAGGUGUUGUAGAAAAGCAAGAUCAAUUUUUAAAGAGAAUGUCUGGCAUUUUUAAGUUGAGAUGUGCAAUUUGGAUUGCACAUCUCAACAGCAUCUAUCAUCUCGCAGGUAGAUAUUAGCUAUUAGGUCAAGUUUGGUAUCAUUUGCGUAUAAAUUAAAGAAUUGAGACAAAAGCGUAUAAUCACUGCACCUACACUAUAGGGCCUCAGUAGCAGCGUGCAGUAGCGUGUAGAGUAGAAUCG